GACCUCCGUCGUCCACGAUUCCGAUUCCCAGCAUCGGCGAGGCAUCUUCCUCGGCAUGUACUCCCAGCAUCUCCGCAUCACAUCGGUCCCUAUCCAACGGCCCUGAUCUGGUGUCUCUCCUCUAUAUACCCCUCGCCCCUGUGUGCUUCUCGCUGCAGCUCGGAGGGCGAGUCGAGAAAAGAACUCUUCCCAUAAUACACACCCAUCCUUCGUUUUGUCCCGAAAUGGACGUGCUCGAUGUGCCGCCGCUCGAGGCGGUGGCGUUCCGCCUCUACUCCCUCCCCGGCGCCGCCGCAGGCUCGGUGUGGGCGUGGGCCGCCGUCCUCGCCGCGGCGCUCGGCCUAUGGGGCAUCAGAAUCGUCGGAACCAAGUCUGACGCCUCCCCCCGCUCCCACUCGGCUCCCCGCUCCUCUUCCCCCCCGCAGCCUGCCAUCCCCGGUCCCGCCGUCCCCGCGGAGCCGGCCAAGCCGCAGGCGGAUCCGACCAAUCGCGAGGACUACAGGCCGAUCGCGCGGCCUACCGGAUGCCGCGUGGAGGAAGCCAGCGCGACCAAGGCCCGGUUCACGGCCUACUACCACGGCGCCUCCUGCAACGGCUGCGGCGCGGUGGAGGAGGACGAAUGCCACGAGGGGGAGGAUGGCGGCGCUCGCGGCGUCGAGUGCGGGGUAGCGGCGCCAUGGAAUCAAGGGUGGCGGUGGGAGGGGCUGACGGUGCGGCGGCGGUGGGACUUGGGAUGGUAUCGUUACCAGGAUAUGACGGCGCUUAACGGAAGCGUGGUGAGGUUGUGGGAUGGGGCAGACGGCGGCUUGACGGCGAGGCGACGGCCGCCGCAAAAUCCAAUUUAGUGGGGAAUACAAUUUUGUGAGAUGUGUAAAUGUCUCUGCCAUCAGUAAAAGUACAAUUUUGCCCUCUCAUUGAUCAGAAAACGAGAUUGGCGACCUUCUCA